AUGGCUGCCCAUGACUCGAUCACAACCCAGUUCUGCAACAAGGCCAAGGUAGUGUUUGGGGACCAUGAUAGCUUUGGCCAGCAUGGAGGGAUGGCUGGGAUGUCGAGGGCGAUGGCGGUGGGUAUGGUUCUUGUGCUCAGCAUCUGGGACAAUCACACUGCAAACAUGCUUUGGCUUGACUCCAACUAUCCGACCAAUGCCAACCUGAACAAGCCGGGUAUCGCUCGUGGUACUUGCCUGACGACCUCUGGAGUUCCUGCAGAGGUCGAGGAGUUGGCUGCCAGCGUGACUGUCACACACUCCAACAUCAAGUUCGGCGACAUUGGGACGACUUACAGCGGAACGGUGUAG